GUCUAUCAUUCACAAAAAGUUUCAUAUGAAGUCACAGUCGAACUGCCUUUGGGCGUUGUUGAGUUGGGGAAGAGCUAUCCAGUAGUGUCGUUGAACUUGUGUGCAGUAUUUCGAGGUUUAAGAGUUUCGUUUUACUGUUAACUCUGCACCUUCUCUGAUCGGCUGGUAAAUGUUAUAUUAAUUAUAUUGUCUGAACGCAGCAAUGACGAACAAGACCCGAAACUGCAACCUCAAACUCAACAAAUUUGCUUUCCUCAAACUACGUCCAUUUGUCUAAACACUUUGAGAAGUUCGGAAUUGGAUUUAAACUCACAUGAUGAUCUGGUCUGUUAAGUAAAUAUUGACUUUACAAUUUCACGGCUAGCGGAAAUGUCAGUUUGUCCUCGUUAACUCGUUAAGCCCAUUAUUCACUGAUGCGCCAGGAUUUUCGCUUCUCUGGUAACAUUUCUGAGUUAUUUUCGCCAUUGUUUUUGAGACUGACGCUGCUAUUUUGCUACUUUGUUGUCUGGAAUGAAGAACGCAGGGUGGAAAGGAACGUUCACUCUAAGCUGCUAUUUCCUGUCCUGAUGCGUACUUUAAACGUUGGUCUGAAUGUAUCAAUGCUGAGAGAAACAUUAUUGCAAAACUGACAUUCACAUCCUCCCUUAAUCAAAACAGCAGCCUCCCUAUCAUUUAAGCUCAGUUUGUAACACUUCAGUGGAAUGAAGCCUUAAACCGAAACCACUUCCAGUGGUUAAACUGGACUUUAAAGAUCUGAAGCAGUGGACUCCUGUUUCUUCGACGAUCCCUCUUUAAAAAAUUGUGCUAUUUGAUUUUUUUCAGGUAACUAGUAAUGGUGAAUACGGAGCAAAGCGACAGAGGGCAGGUGUUCAAAUCAGACAGUAGUUCUAGUGAUGGCUUCCAAGAGAGUUCACGCAGUUCAACACCUGGCCCUGAUUCUGACCGACUCCAUGAAAAGAUGCGUCGACGUAUUGAAUCAGGGGACAAGUGGUUCUCCUUGGAGUUCUUCCCUCCUCGAACUUCAAGUGGUGCUGUUAAUCUGAUCUCCAGGUUUGACCAUAUGGCUGUUGGUGGACCACUCUUCAUUGAUAUAACUUGGCAUCCUGCUGGGGACCCAGGCUCUGACAAAGAGACUUCCUCAAUGAUGAUAGCCAGUACUGCAGUAAAUUACUGCGGCCUGGAGACAUUGUUGCAUAUAACCUGUUGUAAUCAAACCAAGGAUGAGCUCUCACGGCACCUACACAAGGCCCGUAAUCUGGGUCUGAAGAAUAUACUCGCGCUCCGUGGUGAUCCCAUGGGUGAUGAGUGGAAGGUUGAAGAAAAAGGAUUCAAUUAUGCUAGUGAUUUGGUCAAGCAUAUACGCUCUGAGUUCCAAGAUUACUUUGAUAUCUGUGUUGCUGGUUACCCAACAGGGCACCCAGAAUGUGACAGUUACAAGGAGGACCUCAGACACCUGAAGGCAAAGGUAGAUGCUGGUGCAGACUUUGUUAUCACACAACUCUUCUUCAAACCUGAAACCUUCAUGACAUUUUUCAAGGACUGUCGUGCAAUUGGAAUUACUUGUCCUAUUCUGCCAGGAAUCUUCCCCAUUCAGGGGUAUCACUCAUUACGACAGCUGGUCAAGCUCUCCAAGCUACAGGUACCUCAGGAAAUCAAAGAUGUAAUUGAACCAAUCAAAGAUAAUGACGCUGCCAUUAGGAAUUAUGGUAUUGACUUGGCCACUGACAUGUGCAAGGUUCUGUUGGAAUCAGGAUUGGUGCCAGGGCUCCAUUUCUACACCUUGAACCGAGAAGUGGCAACUGUGGAGAUUUUGAAACGACUGCGGUUAUGGACUGAGGACCCUAGGCGAGCCUUGCCAUGGACUACCAGUGCCAAUCCAAAACGAAAGGUUGAGGAUGUUCGUCCGAUAUUCUGGGCUUCAAGGCAGAAGAGUUAUAUCUACAGAACGCAGGAUUGGGAUGAAUUUCCCAAUGGAAGAUGGGGGAACUCAUCAUCUCCUGCAUUUGGUGAGCUGAACGAUUAUUAUCUCUUCUAUCUGAAGAAUAACUAUUCCAAAGACGAGCUGCUGAAGAUGUGGGGGGAGGAGCUAGUAGAUGAGAAAAGUAUCUUUGAUGUUUUCACAGCAUAUAUCUCUGGUGAAUCCAACAGCCAUGGCGAAAAGGUGACCUGUUUGCCCUGGAAUGAUGAACCUUUGGCACUAGAAACAUCUCUGAUGAAAAAAGAACUGGAGAAAGUGAAUCGAAUGGGAAUUCUCACAAUAAACUCUCAGCCUAACAUCAAUGCUCGACCAUCAACCGACCCCAUUGUGGGUUGGGGACCAGAGGGAGGCUUUGUUUUUCAGAAGGCUUACCUUGAGUUUUUUACCUCCUCUGAAAACAUACCUACUCUACUUAAAGUUCUCCAGAAUUACAAAACACGAGUGAACUACCAGAUUGUAAAUGUGAAGGGUGAGAAUAUAAAUAAUGCCUUCGAUCUGCAGCCAAUUGCAGUUACAUGGGGGAUUUUCCCUGGACGUGAGAUAAUUCAACCAACAGUGGUUGAUCCUGUCAGCUUCAUGUACUGGAAGGAUGAAGCCUUUGCCCUGUGGAUUGAACGAUGGGCCAAAUUGUACCCAGCAGGAUCUCCCUCACGACAGAUAGUUCAGGAUAUCCAUGACAGCUAUUACCUGGUCAAUCUCGUGGAUAAUGACUUUCCAUUUGAAAACUGUCUCUGGCAGGUUAUUGAUGAUCUCUUCAAGUUAAAAGUAUAUGAAAACACUUGUGCAUCAAUGACUUGUGAUGUAACUGUAAGACCAUGAAAUUACAUUGUACAGGACAACCAACUGACAACUAGACUUUGUACAGGGAGACUACCUCACAAUCUCCCAUGUACAAGCUAGAAUCUUUGUUCUGCUGGCAUGGACUUUUACUGUAGCAUUUGACUCUAUUUGCUGUAAUUGCUUGUAACUUUGCACUGCGACGUUGCAAUAUUUUCACAGCUCUUUGAGUGCAAGUACUAGGCUGAGUGAGGUCAUGGUUAAGGUUUAUGUGCAGAUUCUGUUUCGUAUUUCUCUGCAUUCCUCUGGUUGAGGGCAGUGUUUGAAUCUGAAAACAUAUCAAAUAGUUGUUAUCCAUGUAGAGAUGAUAGUGAAUCAUACCAGGACCAGAUAGAGAAAGGGGAGUCACAUCUGAAACUCACUUUCUUUACUCAAUGUCCAGAAGUGUGCUGUCCAACAUACAGUGGACUAACCAGGCCAGGAAUAGUGUGCCUGUAUGUAUCCUCCCAAUCUGCACCUGGCAUCUACUCUACUAGGCGGUCACUGAGAUACUAAGUUUCAUUAAAAAUUAUUUCACUCCCAAUGCAAAAGGGACCAGGAAUGACCAGCUGACAUAAGCAGCUGGGACAUGUUUCCUGGAUAAUGGAAUGAUGUUUGCCAAUCCUGGGCCACCUCCAGUCAUCACAUCAACUGAAUCUGAUUUGAUGCUGAUAUCUCAUCAUAAAAGGCAGUGUCUGGGAUGAGCAGCAAAGUGGCUUAAACUUUUAUAUAGCUUAAAAUUUGUACAGUCUGCAAAACAACUGGCUAUAGUUGCUAUUCACCUUGAUAAUUCUGACUCCUGUUUUCAAACUCUUUGAAACGGGGUAGAACUAGUAAACUAUAUGUUUAUCUUGUUUUGCAGGAAUAAUGUAUUGAUUUUGUAUAUGUCCAUUUGUUUAAAUAGCACUCCUAACCCUGAUUUAAGCUAAGUUUAGGAAUCAGUCUUAGCAGAAGUUAGCACUAAGAUUGAGCUGCCAAAUUCAGUAUUGUUGCAAAUAAACAUAUCGCUGGAAGCUAAGACUCGGUAAAGAUCUAUUGUGAUAGUUGACAAAAAUAUGACCAUAAGAUUAUGCUGUGACAAUGGAAAGAGUGAGCAGCUCUGGGAAUUGCAGGGCUUGGCCUCUUGGUGUCCAUGCUAGAGAAAGCCAUACUACACUGAUUGGACAUGAAAGCAGACUGUGUUUUCUGGCUAUGGAAUGAUCAAACCUUAAAAGCAGUUAUAAAGUGUCAACUUGUCUCAAUGUUGGCACUCCUCUUUAAAGCAUGAAGUUGUAGAUUUCAGAAACACAAAGUUGUUAUGGUGCAGCAGGUUAUGUGGAAAAUCGUGUCCGCACCAUCUUUCCAAAUGAACAUUUUAGUUGGUGCCAUUCUCCUAUAACCUGCAGAUUAGAAAUGUUUUGACAACAGUCUCAUUCCCCUUUGAAAGCUUUGUCCAGACUCAUGGUUUAUGAGUAGAAUCAUCUACCAGAAUUCCCCUCAGCCUUCUAUUCUCCAGUCUUUCAUCCCUGGAAUCAUUCUCCAGAAUCUUCUUUGCCAUGUCUCCAAAUACCCUUGUGUCUGUCCUUGUGUAGCACUCAAUACUCCAGUUGAAGCCAAGGUCUGUCUAAUGCAAGUUUAAUGCAAUCUCCUUGGUGUUGUACUCUAAACUCUAAUUAAUAAAGCCUAGGGUACUGUAAUUAACCCAAAGGACUUUUAUUGCUGCUGAGACAAAAAGGUCCCUAAUUGACCUUCUUGCUAAAAUCUCAAUUGCUGAUAUGGCAAGAAGGCGUAUCUAUCCUGGGCCAACUUGCCCAAUUAUUUGCUCUUCUCACCACCACCAUCGCCAGGGAGGGACAAGUUGUAUCCCACGUCAUUAAUGGAUGAGGAAAUCUAUUAGAAACCUUUCUGUAGACUGAAAAACAUCCAUUAAUCACUACUCUUUGUUACCUCUCUCAGCCAAGUUUGUUUCCUAGUUGUUACUGCCCCUUUUAAUCCAUGAACUACAACUGCUCAAGUCUGUUUAGUUUCAAGUGUGUCUAGUUUCCUUAAUUCCAACAGUGAGUACACUGUUUUCUAAAGUAAAUGAUUGAUAAGUAAAAUGCUUUGGGAAGUCCUAAAGUUGUAAAAGAUGCAAUGUACAUAUACAUUGUUUGUCAUGCUAGGAACUGUACUAAGCUAAUGAGACGUUAGUGGUAAGGGUCGGUAAGGAACCCGAGCACCAGGAAUUAGUAGGUUAUUGCUGAACAGGUUCCAACUUGUUUAAAGCAUGAACUGGCGUUUUAUGUCAAGCUGAAAUCUGGAUAUUCUACAUGGGAUGAAUAUAACUUGUGACAUUUAGUGCUUAAGAUUUAUAUACACAGCAAGGAGUUCAUAUAAGGAGUCAUGCUACAACAUAAGUUGCUUUGAGGAUCAUUAAUAAGGGCUCAAGUUUUAAAUAUCCACACCGCUGUUGAACAGAUGUUGGAUGGGGGAAGUGCAGUAUGUAGAGGAUUAGUGUGUGAAAGUUCAGACAGCCACAGUAUUUUUUUCAAUGAGUAAUUAUAAAAACAAAGCACUGAAAGUGUUAAAUGCAGUUCAUACAAUAUUUAUACUCUAUCUUAUCUUUUAAGUGAUUUGUAUAAACAAAAAGUAGAAGACAAUCAAUUAAUCUGUCAUGUUGCUUCGUGCAGGCACGGUCUUGUUCUUGCCUCCUGAUUCAGAAAUUCCCAUUUUGAGUUCUACCAUAGGACUUGAUAGUCAAACAAUGCGGCCAAACAGAUUGACAAUUAAUCUUAAAAUCAUUCCAACACACAAUGUAGGAGUUCCUGGUCAGCCAUCUGAUGAAAAUAAAGUUAGACUAUCGAUAAUCAGUUUGACAUAUGUGUUGUCAUCUGAAAGUGCAUGACACCACAACACUUUGGACACAGUUAUCUGUAACACACCACACAGUCAAGCAAACACUCCCUCACCCUCUCAGCGCCGUAAUCUGCAGAUUUAUUACCUUAUCAUCUCAAAUAUGGUGCCUGCAACUUUACAAACAUUCAUCUCGUAUAGUGCACCCCACUUCAGGGUGCCUUCAAGUGUUUCUGUAUUGCUAGCUCAUAAUAACACAACCCCAUUAAUCUACGAAUAUAUGAAAAAGGUGUGCCUUGAAUUAGAAUCUCCUGGUUCAGAGGAAAGGACACUACCACAACACAAGAACCCCUCAAGCCUGCCCUAUUUGUUUCUCCAACACCCCAAUAAUAUCAUGAUCACCUAAAACAAUACCAGCUUUCCGUUUCAGAUUUGGAGAUAUUUUUCUAAGAGACACUUCAAGUCUGCCCCAGAUAUUUUUAGUCAACCUGUUCAGAAAUGUUAUUACACACCUCCUAGAACAGGUAGACUUGAACCUGGGGUCUUAUGGCUCAGAGGUGUGGAUGCUACCACUAUCAUUCAAGUCUGCCCUAUGCCGGCUAGUUCAAUGACCAUCAGAUGUCACUCACACAAUCUCCUUGGACAGGGAAAAAAAAACUUAUAAUAAGUAAAGGCCAGUUUUGGGAAAAUCUCCAUUAAUCUGAUUGAACUGUGAUCCUGGUAAUUUACCCAAAUAUAGAAAAACUCAUCCAUUUCUCGUGAAUGUAUGCAGCAAACAUUUAUGUUGUACACAGGUUGACCAUGUCAGACCUCAUCUAACUUUGUGCUUACUUAACUUGUAUUUUUGGGCUUUAGUGAUCCUAUUGAACUCGUUGAAAGGUCUGAAAUCAAAGUUUGUUUAAAAUACAACAGCCCCUGCUGUCAGCUCUAUCUUGGUAACUGAUAGCUUUUCAAUUUCUAAUCUUAGAAGUCUCCUUGGCUCUUUUCCAAAGCUUGUACAUCACCAUGUGAAAGGACCAAAAGUUCACAAAAUACUUGUGCAGGAGGUGGUCAUUUGGUCCAUUGUGUCUGCACUGGCUUUCUCAGCAUUUUAACUGCAUGCCAAUCUCCUACUUUUUCCCUAUAACCCUGCGUAUGGAACAAACACUCCUGGGUGUGCUCCAACCAAGACAGGAGCCUGUUUCUUGUUUUAAUCUUUAAUUGUCCUGAUGUUUGGUAAUGAAUAUAGUGCACAGUAAGCACACAACCUGCACAUGGACAUUCUCAAUCUUGAGUAGAUAUUACCCUUGAUUCAAGGGACAGCCUCAAGGUCUUGCAUGAUGUACACAUAGUAAAAGUGCCACAAUCCACAUAAAUAAGCUACCAAUUAGCUAAAAGACAUCCAGAAGGUACAAUUCUAUUUCCACACUCUCCCAAUUGCCCCAACCAUUCCAUCAAGGUCUACCUGCAUUCUAUUUAUUUCAUGACAUUGCAAAUUUCAGUCAUAGGUUGCUGAAUCCCUGGUGAUUUUGUGCAAAGGCAUUUUUAAAGAUGAUGGAGAUCAACAGAUCCAGGAUUAAUCCCUAGAGGCUUCCACUGGUGAUUUGAGUCCAUCAUGGAUGGCUCACCAAGACAAAUUUUCUUUACAAAUCCACAAGAUUUGUCCUUGGUUGGUAGACUUUUGUGUGACGCUUGAAUCUGCUCUGGAAAAUCCUUCAUUAGCUCUUUAUUCUAAACAAUUAUUUUCCUUCAAGAAUGUGUGGUUAAUCCAGAAGAAUGGGGUUGAGGUAGAAGAUGAGCCAAGAUCAAGUUGAAUGACAGAGCACACACCAGGAGUUGAAUAGCCGCCUCCUGCUCCUAUAUAAUUUUAUAUUUUAUAUUUUACAUCAUCCCUUCUCACAGCAGCAAUUGUUUACUUAAGCCUAUAAAACUAUUACUGCUUUCAUUUGAAUUUGCUUUGGACAUUGUCAUGGCUCAGUUAAUGAUGAAUGUAACCGUAUUGCCUGUUGCCCUAAUACCACAGCUAGGCCACUACUUAAACGAGAUUCUGUGUAAUACACCACCAGAUUAAGUGGUACAGUGUGUAACAUUUGCCAUAUUCUGGUGUCUCAAAUGUAAUGGUACUCUUUAUUAUUCUAAGUGCAAUAAAUUUCAUAGAAUGAAAUGAAGACAGGACUGCGUUUAUAUAAAGCUUUUCAGAACCCCGGGACAUCUCCAAGUGCUUUACAACCAUUUGAAGGGUAGUCAGUGAUGUAACAUGGCAGCUAACUUGCCACAGUGAGUUCCCACAAACAGCAACAAUGAUCAAAUAAUGAUGUGAUAUUUGUUCUUUUGUGACAUGAUUGAUGGACAGAUAUUGGCCAGGACACUGCAGUUAAUGCUCCUGAUUCUCUUUGAUAUAGUGCCAAAGGGCCUUUUAUGUCACUCACACACACAGAUUAAAAAUUGAUUUGUAAUAUCUCACACAAAAGACUAUACCUCCAACAGUACUGCACUUGUAAAGUGCUAGCAGUUUGCCUUUAGUUUUCAUUCUCCAAUCCUGAAGUAGGC